AUGCGCACAGCAGCAGCAAUGAUGCGUAUUCUCCUGCGGGUCUCUUUGUGCAGCUCUGGCCCUUUUUUGCCUGGUUGCAGCUUGCUAGCGGUCUGUAAGGCACUAGCCUGUGGCAGCAACCUCGACAAGAGUGGACGCCGCGGUGCGUUUGGCGUGAAAAUUGGCGUGAAAAUCGCGCCACGCGCUCUCGUUUGAUUGCUGCGGCGCUGCACAAAGCGUAGGCCACGCCUGCGACGCGUACGAGUUUGUAGCCCACCCACAACCUGCUGCCAGCUUAGCAGCACCUCUUCGCGAGGCCCGCAUCGAUGGCAUCGAUGGCAUCGAUGGCGUCGAACGACGCCGGGCCCGCAUCGAUGGCGUCGAGCGACGCCGACGCAUCGAUGGCGUCGAACGACGACGACCUCCUCUUCCCGCCCGAACCGGACCCCCAAAAAGCCGCGACCGACGACGCGCUCCAACCCCACCCCGGCGACUGGACGUCCUAUAGUGACGACCAGCGACUUUCCGCGCCGCGGGGCGCCGUCUUCGAGACGCGGCUCGCCGCCUCGGCGGCGCUGCGGGAGUUGGGCAACGAGCGGUAUCGGGGAGACGACGUUGACGGGGCGCGCGUCGCGUACGCGCGGAGUCUGUGGCAGGCGCACUUCGACGAGGCCUGGGUCAAGCUCGAGCUGACGGACGACCACCGGGGCCAGCUCUUCGACGUGACGGUGCCAGCGAACUUGAACUGCGCGCGGUGUCUGCUGAAGACGGCCAACACCUCCGAGGCGAAGGGCCACGUCGACGCCGCGCUGAGUGCCCUCGACGAUGUUUCAACAACGGAGCAGCGCCGGGCCUGGCGCGCCAAGGGGCUUUUGUUGCGGGCGACGUGCCUCCGCGAGGCCGGGCGCUACGCCGACGCCGCGGCGGCGCUCGACGAGGCCUCGGAACUGACGGACGACGCCGCCGUGGCCCGGGCGCGGCACGCCCUGCGGCAGGCGCGGCGCGACGCACGCUCCGGCGAGCGCGCCAUGAUGCGGGGGAAGAUCGCUCCGCCGCCGCCCCCGGAGAAGCGCACUUGUGCUGUGUCAUAAUGUUUACAAAUUAU